AUGUACUACUCACAUCCUAGAAAACAUGAACACAUGUACUACUCACAUCCUAGAAAACAUGAACACAUGUACUACUCACAUCCUAGAAAACAUGAACACAUGUACUACUCACAUCCUAGAAAACAUGAACACAUGUACUACUCACAUCCUAGAAAACAUGAACACAUGUACUACUCACAUCCUAGAAAACAUGAACACAUGUACUACUCACAUCCUAGAAAACAUGAACACAUGUACUACUCACAUCCUAGAAAACAUGAACACAUGUACUACUCACAUCCUAGAAAACAUGAACACAUGUACUACUCACAUCCUAGAAAACAUGAACACAUGUACUACUCACAUCCUAGAAAACAUGAACACAUGUACUACUCACAUCCUAGAAAACAUGAACACAUGUACUACUCACAUCCUAGAAAACAUGAACACAUGUACUACUCACAUCCUAGAAAACAUGAACACAUGUACUACUCACAUCCUAGAAAACAUGAACACAUGUACUACUCACAUCCUAGAAAACAUGAACACAUGUACUACUCACAUCCUAGAAAACAUGAACACAUGUACUACUCACAUCCUAGAAAACAUGAACACAUGUACUACUCACAUCCUAGAAAACAUGAACACAUGUACUACUCACAUCCUAGAAAACAUGAACACAUGUACUACUCACAUCCUAGAAAACAUGAACACAUGUACUACUCACAUCCUAGAAAACAUGAACACAUGUACUACUCACAUCCUAGAAAACAUGAACACAUGUACUACUCACAUCCUAGAAAACAUGAACACAUGUACUACUCACAUCCUAGAAAACAUGAACACAUGUACUACUCACAUCCUAGAAAACAUGAACACAUGUACUACUCACAUCCUAGAAAACAUGAACACAUGUACUACUCACAUCCUAGAAAACAUGAANGGCUCCAACUUUAA